GUUGAAGAAAGAGAGAGGGAGAGCGAUUACAAAAAUCAAAACAGAGGCGUUCAAAUUCUGAUCUUAGAAAAGACUCGGGUCCAAGAAAAGACACACUGAAGCAUUUUAAGUCGUAAAGGGUGAGAAGAGUGACGUAAGAAGAUAUUCAAGAUCCGGAGAAGAAGAAGAGAGUAUAACAUUUUCCUCCCCCCACCAUGAGCAAGGUCUUCCCUCACUCUGACAAAAAAGGGAUGGACGCCGCCCUGAACUUGGUGGAAGACACCCUGGCAGUGUUGCGCAGGAGAGUCCAGCAGCAGCAGCAUGAGAGAGGGAGUGGAGUGAGGGAUGCUGCCACCAACACCUCACCACCACCACCACCACCCUCCAUCACCUCCUCCAAAGGAUCAAAGAAACUAAGGAGCAAAAGUGUGUUGAUAAAGCGCAAGUCGAAGUUUAAAGGGAAGAGGACAAAGCAACCACACAUUUCAUCAGUGCAAGACAGCAAAGUAACACAGAGGGAAGAGAAGGUGGCUGAGAAGGUGCCACAGGAUUACUGCAAACACUGCAACCCACGGAGUGAGGGAGGCCGAGGCAAACCCAGCAACACUCAGCGGAAACGAACAAGCAGACCUCCAUCUAGCGACCCCAAGCUGCUGGGUGUGAGGGAGAGGGUUGUAUGGAAGCCUGCACAGAGAGACCACAGGGGGAGGAAAGAGUCGGAGGAUAGUUCCCAAGACUGCCUGUGUUAUGGCAAUACUUGCAGACCUUUAUGUGAUGACCCAUGCCCUCUAGACCUGAGAGAAAAGGUCAUAUGGAAGCACAAGGCAAGGCACAAGAAGGAAGCAUCACAGAACAUUUUCCAGGACUGCUGCUUGUGUCACAGUGAUACCUGUUUGCUGUUGAGAUCAGCCAGACCUCUGCAGGAUGAGAGCUUUGAAAACUUGGGUGUCAGGGAAGAGUCAUGUGGAUUUGGGAAGAGAGGACACAGCAAAAGAGAUGAGUCUGACUCUUCCUGUCGCAGCAACCCUCCCAAAACUCACAGGGCAGCCAGAUCAAGUCCCAAACCCAGGCAGACAGCACAGGGCAAUCACACAGACACUGGUAGUAGAUCAAGGGAGAGAAAGAUGAGAGAUACUGACAGCCAGGUACAGGAACAUUCUAAGAAGGACAAGAAAGUACACACUCACCCAAAGCCAGCAGUUGAUGUAGACAAGCAGGGGUAUGCCAGGCCCACUCACACCUCCAGGCAGCGCACCAACCAAUCCCGCCCUAGGAAGGAGAAAGAAAACAUUAUCCCUUAUAUUCCUUGUGGAGCGAAGUGUGAUGACCUCCAGAGUCACAGUUACCACAUUGGGAUCACCGCACAGCAGGAAAUAGGGCGCCUUCUGAACCAGCCUCCCCGUGACCACACCCACAGCCACUCCAAGCGCAGCAGCGGUCAGCAGGAGGGUGCAGCGAUGACAGGCCUGACGCAGGAGACGGUGAAGCAGGCCAUGGCAAACAUCCACCACCACCUGAAGGGCCACACUAACCAAUGACCCACACCUGGCCACCACUCCACCUGUCAUGAUGUAGUCUGCCUUAGUUCACAGUGACAUGAUGGUACUUAGUGUUCCUUGUGGGUGAUUAAAAUGUCUAGGCUACUCUGACUUACUAGGACCACAUUCAAUAUCUGUUUUAUCUACUCUGACACCUUCUGGACUAGUGAUGAGAGAGUCUAGAUCACUCACACUUCAAGGAACACAUUCAGUAUCUGCUUAUCUGUUAUAACACCUCUUCUUUUGUACCAUCAUAUGCUCUGCCUGAAUGAUCUGUGUCUAAUCUCCUUGCUUUAGUUAUCAUUCUGGCUCUUGCUCUGCCUCCACUAAUAUUAAGGAGUCAUGUUGAAUGCAUUGCACUUCACACCAGACUGAAGGGCUGAGCGAGGUGACUCCUGCAGCAAUAGAUGCUAGUUGAUGCACGUGUUGUACUUAUCACAUUUAUAGUUUUAUCAGUGUCUAGCCUUAACUCAAUGUACUCAUCCUAGGCCAUAACAAAGGCUGCAAUAAAAUGCUUAAUACUCUAUAAGGAAAACAUUCCCUAGUUUAAACAAUACAGAACUAUUUUUACUUUUAUAAUUGUGUAAUGCAUUUAGAAACAUUCUUAAAUAAAAGAAAAUAUCUGACAA